UGUGGGAAAUCGCCAUUUUGGAUAAAAUUAUUUACUUGUUAAACAUGGAGAAUGAGAUCAGUCAGUUUAUAUCUCACCAGAGACAGGUUACAAGCCUAAUGGGACCAGAAUUUGAUAGGAACAAUAGAGAAAAUAGAGACAGAGACAGAGAUCGGAGGCCACGUGAUAGAGAUCGUGACUAUGACAGGGACAGGCGUCGAGACAGACAUAGAGACAGGGAUAGAGAUAGAGAUCGAGACAGGGAGAGGAUAAGCACAAGAGAUGUUGAUUUUGAAAAUGAUAGACGAGAGUCUAGAGAGUUCAGACGUAGGAACAGUCCCAAUGAUAGUAGAGACACAGGCAGGUCAGGGGAUUCAUACAGAGACAGUGGGAAACAAGGAGACCAGUACUUGUCCUCAUCACCUACUAACACUAUACUGAUACGUGGCCUGCCUCCUCAUAUUGAUGAAAAUGAUAUCAGAGCUGAAGUGAUGCUUACUGGGAAGCCCAUCAGAGAAGUGAGGCUGAUGAAGCGGAAAGAUACAGGUGCAUCCCGAGGCUUUGCGUUCGUGGAAUUUCAAAACCUAGCAGACGCACAGAGAUGGAUGGAUAACAAUCAGGGGCAGUUGAUGCUGUUGAACCAGUACCGUGUCUCCAUGUUUUAUGGUCAGCCUCGCACUCAGGCAGCAGAUAAGGGACCAGGUCUUGGAAGAGCACAGGAUUUCCAUCAGAUUAGGACUGAUUGGUCGUGCACAAAGUGUGGUGCUCAUAACUUCAAAAGGCGGGACAAUUGUUUCAAGUGCAACAUCUCUAGGGAAGAAUCAGACAAAGCGAAGGAAGGUGAUGGCUUCGACCAAAUCGGGACAAACCCGUGCAAUACAUUAUUGUUCCGUGGAUUGGAUGCACUGACAAAUGAAGAAAGUAUCCUAUCUGUACUAUCUACCCUGACUGCCCUUGCAGUGAAAAACAUACUGGUCACCCGUAACCAAACCACUCAGGUUUCAUUGGGAUAUGCCUUCAUAGAGAUGUCCAACCUGUCUGAAGCUAGUCAAAUGUUAGAGAUGCUACAGCACAUGUCUCCAGGCUUUGAGGUUGAUGGCAAAGCUGUUAUGGUGACAUACUCUAAAAAUACAUACAGUACAAUACUUGCGUCAUUGACAGCCCAUGCUCAACCAGCAGCUCAACCAGUUCUCGUGGCAGGUGUUGCUCCAGCUGUUGAGUUAGUUCCUGUAGCUGUAGACCCAGCUUACUACCAAGGUAUCAGUUACCAGAACUAUGAACAAGCCAAUGCUGGUGCAUUCAUAGAUCCUAACUCAGGUCAAUAUGUAGAGGGAUCCAACUUUGAUUACACUGGUUACUACGAACAAGAGGGUGCAGUUAGUUCUGCAACUCCAGGAGCUAAUGGCUCUAAAUCAUCCACACAGACUGACACUACUAAUGCUGCAGCUGCUGUGGCUCAAGCUGCUAUACAACAAGCCCAGGCUGUCAAAACAUUUCAGAAGAGACAAGAACAACUACAGAAGCAGAUACUUACCCAGAUGCAACAACAACAACAAUUAGCAGACCUAACAGUGGAGGAACGUUUGGCCCAUGAGGCUCAGCAGUGGACGGCCACUACAGGGACCACACCUUCAACUACCCAGUCAAAUACAGAAGAAGAAAUUGUUAAAUAUCCUCCCCCAGAUGUCUCCACGUACCAAUAUGAUGAGUCUUCGGGCUAUUACUAUGACCCAACAACUGGGCUGUAUUAUGAUGCUAACUCACAGUACUACUUCAACUCUACAACCAACACGUUCAUGUACUGGGACAGUGAGAAGUCAACCUACCUCCCUGCACCCGCAGAUGCUAACACCAAGGAAUCUCAGGAAACUACAACACAACCUUCUGAAGAGAAGAAGGACGAUGCUCAAGAAAAAGAAGUCCCUGGCAAGAAGAAGGAGAAAGUCAAAAUGGCCAAGAAAAUUGCCAAAGAUAUGGAAAAGUGGGCCAAGUCUCUGAAUGCUCAAAAAGAGGCACAUAAGGAUGUGAUGAAGAAGUUCACUCCAAUAGGUGGCACUGGCAAGGAAUCUGCCUCAGCAGAUGCUGGAUUUGCCGUUUUAGAGAAAAAGUCAUGGAUGGACAAAAAUCCCGAGGCCAAAGUUAUGCGAGAAGAGAACAAACUGAUGCCACCCCCUCCGAUGCCUGGUGGCAGCCAGAAACCCCCAGCUCCACCAGCAUCAAACUUGGUUGCAUCAUAUGGUGAAGAAUCUGAUGAGGAAGAAGAAGAGGCCGGUGCUGAUAGCCACGUAGACCUGAAUAAGAUGGCAUGUCUUCUAUGUAAGAGGCAGUUUCCUAGCAGAGAGGCACUCAAUAGACAUGUACAGCUAUCUGACCUCCAUAAGCAAAACCUGGCAAAGAUACAAGGAUCAGUGGGAGAACUAACACAACAGAACCAGGCCACUCAGGAGCAAUCCUACAGAGACAGAGCCAAGGAGCGAAGGGAGAAGUUUGGACAGCCCAAUGCUCCACCCCCUCAAAAAAGAAGGCAAAAACAACAGAACAAUGUUCCAAGCCCAUUUGAACAACCUAAUAAUAAUGGAAUUGCUAGUGGAAAUGUGGGCAACAAGAUGUUACAGAAGAUGGGCUGGUCUGAAGGACAGGGACUGGGCAAGAACCAGCAGGGCAGGACAGAUAUUAUACAGGCUGAACAGCGGGGUAUGGGUUCAGGACUAGGAGCUAAGGGACAAUAUGUAAUGCAACCAGGAGAAACAUAUAAAGAUGCAGUAAAAAAGACAAUGAUGAUGCGAUAUCAAGAUAUUUCAUAGCAUAACUGGAUCAUUUAAUCCUAAGCCACCUUUAUGUAUGUGUAAUGUUUCGUCUCAUGGAAGUGAUCCAUGAAACAGUGUUAUCUCUGGACAGUGGUUGCAACUACACAUUUAAAGUACCCUGAAGCACAGAUCUUAAUUCUACUAGCUAUGGUCUAGGAAAUUUUUAAAUAUACAGUUUUCAUGGUGAUGAGAUCUUAUUUAUAAAAAUAACUGCCAUGGACUUUAAUGGGAAUUUGAACAUACUAUAAAUGCCAGUAGAUGCUUUGGGUAGCAUGAAAUCCAGUGACUACAGUUCUUAUUGGGCAACUAUUUUUUCUCAGUAUUCUGAUUGGACAAAUCUAUGUCAAAGGAUUAUCCCCGACUCAGAUUGUAGAUAAAGAUGGAGGAUGAUGUAAACAAAUCGUGUUGAACUCAGUACAUUUUAAUGACUCAAAUCAUGUAUCACAGACUCAUUAUAUUAUAAAAUAUAGACAUGUGAAGACUUUAUAAUCUUUAAAAAAUGAAAUAUUGGUUAUUCAACUUUGAAAAUUUUUAUCAUAGAAAUAGCUUUGGAUUCGUUUGGCCUGUACAAGUACAAAAUCA